UAGUAAACAGCACCUAACGUUACAACUCUAACUAUAAAAGGAAAUCCAGCAGUAAUACCCUCUUUAGGGUUUUAGUUGGGUUUGGCUGAAGUCUCCAUCUUUUCGGGACGAUUAUCGCAUAUGGCGUCAGCACCGGCUUCGUUGUUGCCGGACUUGAAUCCAGAGGCUAUAACAGCAUCGGGAAAGGAUGCAGAGAAGCUUAACUUGCCUGCUUUACAGUCCAAAAUGAAGUCCGACCCAGAAGGCUACGAAAUGGAGCUCCAUUUGAUCUACAAUCAGUUCAAAUCGUCCAUGGAGCUUUUCCAGCAGCAGGCUGCGAUGAGCUUUACCUCUGUAAGUGGCAUCGCCGCCGACCCCACCGUCGCCAAGGAUUUGGGUGACCGGGCAUUGUUCUUGGCCCAUGUCACACCCUUUUAUCCAAAACACUUGGCCCAAUUUCCCAGGGAGCUUGCGCAGUUUCUUCGGUCGUCGGCCCGGACUCUUCCGUCAGGUCUUCGAGUUCAUGUCACCCAGGCCCUGAUUCUCUUGAUUAACAGAAAGAUGGUUGACAUUGUGGACAUACUGGAACUAUUCAUGGAGCUUCAGACUCUAGGUGACAGGACUCUGAGGACAUUGGCAUUUUCACACAUUAUUCAUAACAUUAGGCAUAUGAAUCAAAAGCACAAGAAUGAUCCAAAGAAUCGUGGACUUCAGAAUAUCUUGUUUUCUAUGCUUCAGCAAGAGGAUGAAACAAAAGCAAAGAGAUCACUCAUUACACUUUGUGAUCUUCACCGGAGGAAGGUGUGGUUUGAUGACAGGACUGCUAAUGCUAUUUGUACUGCAUGCUUUCAUACAUCACCGAGGAUCAUGAUUGCUACCCUCUCAUUCCUUCUUGAUUAUGAGAAGAUUGAAGAUGAUGAUAAUAGUGAUGAUUCAGGCAGUGAAGAUGAGCAGGCAACCCAACAGCCUCAGAUAGUGCUUAGUAAAGAGGUCGUCUACAAGGCAAAACAUAAAGGUACCUCAUCCAGCAAAAAGAAAAAGCAAGCAAAAUUGCAGCGUGCCAUCCGUAGCAUGAAGAAGCAGCAACGCAUGUCAUCAGAGAAGAACAAUUCAAGUUACUAUUCACCACUAAACCACUUGAAAGAUGCACAGGGAUUUGCUGAGAAGCUGUUCUCACGCCUUCAAACUACUAAUGAAAGGUUUGAGGUGAAAAUGAUGAUGCUGAAAGUCAUUGCACGAACUGUUGGUCUUCAUCGCUUAAUUCUGCUGAACCUAUAUCCUUACUUUCAAAAAUAUGUGCAGUCCCAUCAACGUGAUGUAACAAGUUUACUUGCAGCAGCUGUUCAGGCUUGCCAUGACAUGGUUCCACCUGAUGCAGUUGAACCAUUGUUCAAACAAAUAGUGAAUCAGUUUGUGCAUGAUCGAUCUCGCUCUGAGGCCAUUUCUGUUGGACUGAAUGUUGUACGGGAAAUAUGUCUGCGCAUGCCUCUGUUGAUGACGGAAGAUUUGCUGCAAGACCUUGUGUUAUAUAGGAAAUCACAUGAGAAAGCAGUUUCUUCGGCUGCUCGAUCACUUCUUACUUUGUUUAGAGAGGUUUGCCCAUCACUUUUGGUCAAGAAGGAUAGAGGGCGACCUGCUGAUCCCAAGGCCAGGCCUAAAGCAUAUGGUGAAGUCAAGGUCGCUUCCAAUGUCCCUGGAUUUGAGCUAUUGAAAGAUGACAAUACUGAAUCUGAGGCUGAUACUGAUGAUGGAUAUACUAGCUCUUCAGAUAUAGAUGAUGAUGUUGGUCCCAGUGAAGUGGAGGUUGCUGGUCAUAGUGGUUCUUCUGAUGAUGGUGAUGACGACGACAAUGAUGAUCAAGAUAUUGAUGACCAGGGUACCACCAGUGAAGAUGAUAGUAUGCAAGAAGAGAAUAAAGAUUCUGAAGAUGAUGAUGCUAAUUUUAGUUCUGAUAAUACUGAUGUUAUCAGUGAUGGCGAUGAAAGUGGCAAGGCUGAUGGGCAUGACCCUGCAGCAUCUAGUGGUCCCUUGAGUAUUGGUAGUGAAACUUUUAGGACUGAUAGUGGUGGUGAAAGGGGAUAUAAGGCAGGUAAAAGGAAGUUUUCUGAUUUCAAUGAACAACUGAAUGCUGCCAGUCAAAGUCUUCGAGCCUUAAAGAAACUGGCAGGAGCUAGAGAGGGCAGCACCUCAGAGACAAAUGAUGGUAUUCUAUCUAAUGAGGACUUCCAGAGAAUAAAAGAGCUACAGGCCAAAAAGGAGGCAAGUAUUGCAUUAGCUCAACAUGGAUUUAAGAUUCCAAGCACAGACCAACUUAGUGCUAAAAGAGUUGAUGCUGCCAAACUCGAGGCUAAUAUCCGAAAAAAGAUGACCAAGGAAGAAAGGCUAGCACUGAUAAGGGCUGGGAGGGAGGAGAGGGGGAAGUACCAAGCUCGAACAGCUAUCAAACAGAAAAAGACUGGUGGUUUAAGCAAUCGGCAAAAAGAACACAAAAAGGCCAUGCCUCUUGCUGCCAAGAGAGCAAAGGUAUCGAGAUCAAGACAAGAGAAAAAGAGAAAACAGCAGCGUUCUGGUAAACAAUUUCGUGGGAGGAAAGCUUGGAAGUGACCGACUUUAUAGUUUUGCACUUUGUUGGGACAGUAUCCUUGAUUGUUAUGUUUGCUAACAGAAGAAGAGCGAGCAGAAAUCGAGGGUGGUUUUAUAAUUUAUUUUGGAAGGUUUUUUCUUAUCCAGCGCAGCGUUCUAGUUUGUUGAUUCUUUGUAAUAGGAUAAAAAAAUGCGAGUUCUGCAUGCGCAGUCAGGUAGUAACUCAUGCUAGUCAGUUUUGACUUUGAGAGUGUUAGCUAUACAGUUCAUUUAGGGUCAAUUGGUUGAUCUUGGGUAUUGAACAAUAAUUGUUACAAA